CGUUGCAGAGUUGACAAAAGAAAAAAUAUUUGAGAGAUAAUAUUCAAGUACGAUUUUUGACAACUAGAUUUUGAACUAUCACGUGCAGACUUCAUUCUUUUUUGCAAAUCUAUAAUUAAAAUGUAAUUUAUCUCAUCUCAAUAGACUGACUAGCCGAUUCGAAAAGAUCUUGGAGAUGAGGUUCAUCCAUUUUUAAGUUUCUUUAUAAUAACCCCUCUCCUCUUCCAUGCAUAUAUUCAACUCGGAUCCACACAAACACUACUUACACUUCUCUCUCUGUCUAAUUCUCUCUCUCUCUAGUCUCUCUCUACCUACUUGUUGUCUUCUUCUUCUUCCACCAUCUACUACCAAACACUUUUAACUUCCUCCAAUGGAGCCUCAGCACUACUAUCAUAACCACAACCACCUCCAUCAAAUCCAAACCCAGAGUAACGGAAACCAGCUGGAAGACGGCGGCGGCGGGAACAAGAACGGCGGCGGCGCCGCCGCGGGGUACAUAUGCCGGCAGAGCAGCACGCGGUGGACGCCGACGACGGAGCAGAUAAGGAUCCUGAAGGAGCUGUACUACAACAACGGCGUCAGGUCCCCAAGCGCCGAGCAGAUUCAGAGGAUCUCCGCCAAGCUGAGGCAGUACGGCAAGAUCGAGGGCAAGAACGUCUUUUACUGGUUCCAGAACCACAAGGCUCGCGAGCGCCAGAAGAAGCGCCUCACCACCGCCGCCGCCCCGGACGCCGCCGCCGCCGCCGCCUUCUCCAUGCAAAUGCAGAGAGGCGUUUGGAGAUCUGCUGAUCAUCACUGCUCUAACUUCAACAAUAUUCCUCAAGCUUCAACUGUGGGUCAGAUUGGGAAUUAUGGCUAUGGGAGCACUGUUGCAAUGGAGAGGAGUUUUAGGAACUGCUCGAUAUCGGCGGGCGGCGGAGGCAACGGGAACGGAGGAUACGUGGCGGCGGCGGCGGCGGGGAAUUACGGGUGGGUGGGGAUAGAGCACCACCACCCCUACGCCGCCUCAGCAGCCCAGUACUACCACCCGUUCCUCGAUCACAAGAUCAGGACCGUUCAUCACCACCCCCAUGCUGACGAGGAUCAAGAAACCCUAGAAGAUGUGGACCCAGACAGCAACAACAACUACGACAACAACAAGGAGCCGGAAACCCUCCCGCUCUUCCCCGUCCACGCCGACCACCACAUCACCGCCGGCAUCGGCGGCGGCGGGUGCUACUACCCCAACCCCGACCAGCACGGCGGCGGCACUAUGGCGGCCGCAGCGUCUCUCGAGCUCAGCCUCAACUCCUCCUACAAUUUCGGCAACACGUCGUCGUCUCACCAUUUCGCCUAGCCAAUAAUUAAUUAGUGCUCUAAUAACUAAUUAAGUGCUGU